AUACUGAAACUGCACAGGACUCCAAGAAGGCAUGGCCAGCAUGUGGGGCUUCAACUGCGACACGCAUGGCAGCACUGGGGCCUGCAACUGUGCGCUUGUGAAUACCGGCACUGAGCAGUCGCUCGAUGAGAUGGACUUUGCACGGAGUGCGUGUGCAGCGGCACAGAACGGGGACGUGGAGAAGCUGCGCCGGAUCCUGUCGAGGAACCCCAGCGCUGUGAACGACUGCGCGGGCGGCACCUACACGCCGCUGCACUACGCAGCACGGGCCGGAAAGCUGGAGGCGGUUGCGCUGCUACUGAAGAACGGCGCCGAUGUGAACGCCCAGACCCGGGGCAUGGGUGCCACUGCGCUGCACCGCGCCGCCGCCCAGGGGCACACGGCCGUGGUGGACACUCUGCUGAAGGCCGGUGCCGACGCGGUACUGGUGGACUGUGACAAGGAAAACGCACUUCACAAGGCGGCUGCACAGGGCCACGCAGAGGUGUGUCGGGCGCUGCUUCAGCGCUGCCCCACCGCCGCACUGGCCUUUGACAAGGCGGGCAGGACGCCGGCGGACCGCGCUUCAGGUGCGGCGCUGGCGCAGCUGCUGGCCAAGGCCCGAGAGGCGGCGGCAGCCGUGGCGGCUACCAGGGCAGAUGUGGCAGUUCCGGAACCAGCAGGCCCCAGCUGAACAACGCGAGGCGCCCGCUCGCUGGAUGAAUCCGACCGUACUGCAUUUCAUGCAACGGGACCGGCGUGUGUUAGGAAAGCACCACAUGGGAAUGGGCCCAGUGUUGUGUCGAUUAUGCCGUCGGUUGGUCACGAAGCGCGGGGCGCAGAGCGCCUUCACGGCCAGCAGCCACACAGCCACAGCAGCCAACGCCAGUGCUUGCGGGCACCGUCUGCCUCCCCGGCUCCCAGCCGGCGCACCGCUGCCUUGGCCCACCGCUCUAACAAGCCAUGCGCCUAACACUUGCGUGGCUGCCCUGACCCGGCGACAACCUUGCGCACCCCUGACAGCGCGCUGCAUCAUGGGUUUGUUGAAAGCAAAGCGCUUGCGUGUGCUGCUAUCUGCUCUGCACACUGUACGGUGUGUCAUCGAAGUGUAUAGGAGUGUGACGCACCGCAGAGUGUGAGGUGCCCGGUGACCCGUGUGCACGAGUCCUGCCGUUGGCAUCACAUAGAUCCGGCCGGCGCCUAACAAUUGCUGUGAGUGGAUGUGGAGAGGUAUGGAUGUGGAGAGACGUCGGCUGAGG